AUGGCGACCUACCUAUCGCACCUGCGGAAGCUCAAGCUGCCGCGUGCGCCGGGCUCUCUCUCCGGCGCCGGGCAGCCGUCGCCUACGCAAGACAACAAGGCGAUCGUGAGGCAACUCUACGAUAUUGUGUCGAAGAAAUCGAUUGAUGAGACAGCUCUGAAUCAGUUUCUCAAAUUGUUUUCUGAGGGGUUUUGCUGGUCUUCGGCGACGGACCAGGAGGUUCGGGACUGCCGGAAUGCGGUCGUCGACCUCGUCGUAGCGGACAAUACCCUGGUGACUGCGGUGAUACAUGAGUUCGUGCUGCGUUUUCGCGGCGUCAGCGAGGAUGGCGCUAAGAUCGACCUUGGUGGUCGGGUGUUUGACAGCUUGGUGGACCUGAAAAAGCGGUUGCGCCAGAUCCUGAUAGAUAGCCCGUCUGGUGUCUGCCUUGAGGGCGACGAUCUGUCGCUGUUGCUUUCGGUGUUGCGUAACCAUCCGCGAUGUCGCGAUGCGAUGGACGCCGUAGAUGGCGUGUUCCCAUCGGUGCACUUGAAUCCCAAAUACCGCGGUUUGCGCUGUUUCUUUUACCGUCGCAAGGACGGGCAGUGCGUCGAUUUCAGCUACGCGCGCUGCGCAGAUUACGUGAAACCGAGAGCGGCUCGCUACCAUGAGAGCUUGUGCGAAGUGAUCAUUGAGCUGUGCCGACUCUUUCCGGGCGUGGUUGGCACCGUGGCCGACUCCUUAGAGAUAGUUUACCCGCAUUACAACCUGGGCAUUGAGCAGCACAUUGCGGUGUCGCGCAGCAUGCUCAUCAUAGCGCGCCACGUGCCCCCGCUGCGUGGCGUGGUGUACCGCCUGCUCAUCAAGAAGAUGACCAUCAUCGACGCCGAGAUACGGGCGUCCGACCCGACGUCGUUCUGCGAGGUCAAGCUGGAGUCGAUGCGCAGCGACUCGCUGAAGGAGAUGGCCGAGAAGCUGCGGAGCGGCGAGCUCGGCGUCUCGGAGGCCAAGCAGCAGAUGGAGGGCGACGCGUGGUACAAGCGGAUGCAGGACCUCCGCACUGACGAGGACUUCGACGAGAUGACCCAAAAGCUGGACAGCUUGAUGUCCAUCGUUUUGUACGAGCUGCGUGAUCUCCUGAUGGCCAACUUGAACACCGUCGCAUGUGAGAGUGGUGCUUCGCAUAUGCACUCGAGCGACGCCGGGAGCUCGCACGUGGAGGACCACGCGCUUUCGUCCUCCGACUCCGAAAGCGACUCUGACGAGGAGGUCUCUCGGCAGGGGCGCACGCCGUCCAACGGUGCUGUCGGCCGCGUGAAGCAGGAGCUCGAUGACGGGGGCGGCCCCGUGCAGGGACCCCGCUCCGCAGCCGAUGUGGGCCACGCCGCUGCUGGCGCGGUGAAAUCCGAGUACAACGGCAACACCGUCACCACGGUGUCCGACAUCAUCAUUUCGGAGUUGUUUGACAUUUUCGAGGACAUCAUCUUGCCGACUCACAACUGCAAGUACGUGCAGUUCAUCUACAUGUACGUAAUAUCGUUCCACACCCCGUGGACGCAUCUGUUCCUCCAGCGGCUGCUGCUGAUCCUCUACGACGAGGAGGCGCACUCGAUCCGCCGGAAGGUGGCUGCGAACUACAUCGCGUCCAUUGUCUGCCGCGCGAACUUCAUCGAUGGCCAGCUGGUGUGCAGCAUCGUGUACUACCUGUUCUCGAUGCUGACCAAGUUUGACUAUCUGUUGUCGCAGUGCCCCGAUUCGCUGGCCUCCAGCAUCGGGUCGGACACCACCCCACGGUCGCGCAACAGGUUCGGGGAGUCCAUGAACUCCAGGUCCACCGCGCAGCUCAAGCGGUGCUACUCGCUGCAGCAGGACCUUCUCCACAUAAUUGGCUACCACGGGGGCACCAUUGGGAUGUCGCCUCGUUGCGUGCGCUACCUGCAGGAGGGCCGGAACUCGCUGUGCGCCUUCAUCGACAGUCGGCUGCACCCCAUCGGCCACAUCCCGGAGAAGAUCAUCGACGACGCCAUCGCCGCGACGUCCAUCGUGCCAAACCUGCGCAAGCUGCACAUAUGUCUGGCGCGUGCCAAGGAGGCGAUAUUCAGCAACGACUCGUCGUGCCUCAAAGGCUUCACCGCGAGGUCGGUGGAGUCGCGGUACCCGUUCGGCUCCUUCACGCUCUACCACUCCGGCUGUUUCGUCCGCGACAAGUACCGCCUCACCACCUACUUCGAAUCUCAACGCGAUGCCGUCUCCAGCAGCAUCAAGGCUGAACCCGAAGAGCUGCCGGUCAAGCGCGAGGAUUUGUGCCACCCCUCCGACGUACCGGCCGCGUCGCAGUCGAGCGCGAUCACGGUGGCGCCCGCGGCCGCCACUGGCGCAACGCGGGUGUACGAGUCAGUCGUUGCGCAAGCAACGGAGGUUAAACACGAGCGUGACUAUGCGACGUGCAGUGCAACGUGUGGCCGUGAGCAGGGACAGGUUGAACCUGUCAAGUCGGAUGUAAUCAUGGAUUCCAGUUUGUCGUCCACCGACGAAAACGCGGCAGCGCUACGCAUUGCCGUCAACACAAAUGCAAGUUCACCGCUGAAAGAAGACAGCGCCUCGUAUGGGGAACAGUACGAGCCCAAGUCCCAGCACUCACCCACCGACAGUGCGGCGUCAGUUGCGAACGCCAUCAAGGACCGGCUGCAGAAGAAACACCGCCGCCGCUGGCAGUCGCUUCCCGCUGACGUGGAGCCCGACUACGAUUUCUGGGGCUUCAACUACGCCACGCAGAGCUCAAGCCACAGCCACGGCGAUACGGACACUUCGACGGAGGGCAGUUACAAGAAACUGAAGAGCGAUGCGGCUGGCCACCUUGGCGACCCCAAUGCGCCCGCCCCUUCCACCACCACCACCACCACCACCAACCGUCACGGAAGCAGUGACAACAACCGCCUGAUCGUCAUCGGCAUAGACCAGCUCGACGACUUCGAGCUUUCGCUCUCCAGCUCCAUUCUCGUGAACGCCCCCCGCCGCAGCUCCACCCGCAUUUUCGACAUGCUGACGUCCACUGCGGCGUACAAGUCCGCCAUCAUAAACUCAGCCGCCACGAAGAACAACCACAAGCAAUCCCGUGUUACGUGA